AUGUUGCGUAAUCUCGGUCGUCAGUGUUUCUCAAGCGUGCGAAUGCGUCCACAGUACCUUGGCUCUCGUGUACGAUUCCAACAUGCAGCAGCAACAGCAACUCAACCCGCAUGUUGGCAAUGUGGUGCUGCUCAACAACAUGCCACCGUCCUUUGUGCCGAUUGCCAAGCUAUCCAGCCUGUUACUCCCAACGUAAACUACUAUGAACUCUUGCUUGAUGGCAAACAAAACGGCUUUGAUGUGGAUCCCAAGGCUUUACGAUUCAAGUUUCUUACCUUGCAACAAAAAGCACAUCCUGACAGCUAUUCACAGGCAUCCAAGCGUGAACAUGAGUAUGCUCAGCUGCAAUCAUCCACCUUGAACAAGGCUUAUCAUACACUCAAAGAUCCAUUGGCUCGGGCCAAGUAUUUGUUGGAACUCCAAGGUGUUGAAGUGGGCGAAUCUGAUUCGCUUGAGGAUCCUGCUCUCUUGAUGGAAGUGAUGGAGAUACGUGAGGAAUUGGAUGAAGCCACCACAGAUGAAGAAGUGGCACAGGUCAAGGAAACCAAUGACGAGAAAUACCAAGAGACUGUACAGCGAUUGUCAGAGGCAUUUUCCGGUAACGAUCUCGAUGCUGCGAAAAAGUUCAUGAUCCAACUCCAAUACUGGGAAUCGAUUCGUCGUGCUAUCCUCGAAUGGUCGCCUUAA